CUGCUGCUCCUUAUCUUCCUAUAAAGGAGGGAAAGACCUGUUGCGCGUUAUUCGGCAAAUUGUCAAACAAGCAAAGGAUUGAAUGUAAUUACCGAUCUUGUUGCAAUGGAUUCUAGAGAAAAUGAAGAUGGAUCGUCCUCCUCCGAGGGAGAUCCAGAGGAUUUAGACAGUUUAAAGGCUCUCACUCAGAAGUUAAAGUUACAGACCCGCAGACCAUCCUAUCUGGAGUGGCAGGAGCGCGUACAGAGCAGACCUUGGAAGAACAGCUUUACGGCUGACUGCUCAGAAGAAGUUGUACCCGCAAUUUUGAGAAAUGAGCACUCACAGUUAGUGUACGAAACAUUUGUGGAAUUUGAUACAAUUGAUGAUGCUUUGGAGUUUUUGAGGAAAGAGCUGAGAGAGAUGCAGCUUCAGGACAACCGCCUGGCACGACAGCUGAUCCGUCUGCGCAGUGAGAUCCACCUCCUCAAAGUGGAGCAGGUGUGCAACAGGCACAAGGAGAUGCUGGAGGACGCUACCUUUGAGCUGGAGGAGUGCGGUGAGGAGUCCGACCUGCUCUGUGACAUCCCCAUGAAGGCCGCAUUUGCCCUGUCCACCCCCCUCAAGCACAUUGGUCUCACCAAGAUGAACAUCAACUCCAGGCGCUUCUCUCUGUGUUAAUCCUCUAACUGUUUGUGGCCACAUCACAAGACGGACCACCUACUCCAGAGCUGUUCCUCUGGCACGCAGACAGAUCCAGUCUGGAGAGCAAAGACGUGAUUUUAAGAGGCUGUUUCAUGCUCCAGUAAGGCCUGAGUGUGCAGAAGCAGAUAAAGAAAUGCUCCUAACUCAGUCCACUGUCCAGAGUGAAAUGUCACAAUGAGCAUUAUGUGCAAUAUUUUAAGACUGAGAUUAAUGCAUUCUGACUCGAGGUGAGGUAUCUUUCUCCAUGUCUAAGGAAUAGGGCUGUAUAAUAAUCUGCAAAUAACAAAAUAUCCAGUUUUUGUAAAAGUACAUCUUUCUGGACCUGUAGUUUAGACCCUUAAAACACGGGAUUGUAUUAUAAAACAUUAUACAUAAAUAAGUCAAUGACAAUGUGCACUCUGAGUCUGUAGCCCUCCUAAGAAAGCAAACAUACUGGUACAUUCCUUGUGGUCUUAUGACUUGUGCUUUACCUUCACAGAGGUGACAUCCAUAGUCACAAGCCAUGGAAGGUCAUUUUUACACCUCUCCUUCAUGCACCAAAAAUAUCUCUACAGCACUGUGACAGGACACAGAAGGCUGUGUCUAAUGCCUCCACUUAAACCCCACUCUAGAUUAUUGAUGGAACUGAAACCAAACUGCAAAAAAUAUAUAUAAAAAAAUAAAAAUCUGAAUAUAUUGUUGUCCUCAGAUUAUGCCCUCGGGAAAAAAAAAAAAAAAAUGAAAUGGACUUUUUUGUUGACACUGUAAUGCCAACUCAAAACAUUACAACAUUCUGUAACCAAUUUUGUAUUGACUAAUUUUUCGCUAAUAUUCUAUAAUAUUAUUUGUAUUUCAAUUGUGUCAAAAACAUGACAAUUAAAAACUGUUAUGUGUACAAUUAUA